AUGAGUGAAACAGCGCCCGACUCCGAUAGCAGCGAUCUGGCGCCAUCCACUUCGGCUCCCGGAAGCAACCAGUUGCUUCUGAAAUUUAUCAAUUCAGCCCACUUUACAUUGUACAACAACAUUGAGUACCUCACGCGAUACUCGCAGAAUAUCGGCAUCCAUUUCUACCUGUGUCAGAAACUACUGACAUUCCCGCAUAACGAACUUCAGUUUUACAUACCUCAAUUGGUACAAGUUCUUCUGACCGUCGAAACCGAAUCAAUCGCUCUAGAGGAGCUCCUACUAAAGCUCAGCGCUGAGAACCCUCAUUUUGCUUUGCUAACUUUCUGGCAAUUACAGGCACUGCUAGGAGACCUUUCUACAGACCCCUCAAGCUAUGCGUUCCAAGUCGCGCGUAGAGUCAUCAACAGCCUUCAAAAUGUUCUAUUUAACCCACACAAGGUGGCUGCGGAAAGUGAGAAAAUCCACGAAAAUGUUGCUCCUGCAUUAGUGCUGUGCUCCAUGGUCAUAGGGUCCUGUGCGCUCCCCGGACUUGGGGAAUUUGCGAAGCCCCUGGUACAGUCACAGGGCAAAAGGCAAAAAAGUUACGUUUUCAAGUUAGCAAAGAACGCUAUGAGAAAUUUAACCAAGAACUUGACUUUAAAAAACACUUUACUGAACCAGGGGCGGAGUUCAUCUAACGGCAGCCAUUCCAAAGAGUCUAAUGCGCUCGUUGAGUUGGUAGACGGAGUUACUACAAGAGAAGAUACGCUCUUCAAGAAGCCAAGAGAAAAACCCUUGACUUCCUUGAACUUUGAUAUGAUCGAUGAUGUUGGCGAAAAAAUGUUUCAAGAGCGGAUCUCAAACUCCAUUAAAAUGCCCAAGAGAAAAUCAAGAACAACGGACCAAUCAUACGUGCAUAGGAUAUAUCAGAGAUCUGCUCUCACAGGUGCAUCCGACUCUGUCUAUGAAGAUGAAUACACUAAUUCAAUGCCGGAUCUUCAUAAAGAAAUGACUAAUAAUCGGUCAACGAGCUCGCUAAACUCCCUCAAAUCUCAAAGUGGCAACGAGUCCGAAGUCGAUGACCGCUCCAUUAAAAAGGUCAAUUCGGAUCCAUUGGCCGACGACUAUCACGACGACACCAUACGGAUAGACACCAUGAGGAGAAGGUCACGGCAAGGGAAGGACUUGACGACCUUACAAUUGAGCCAGUUAUCAAUACCCAAAAAAAUUCGUAUACUGAAGUCGAAUUACUUCCGCUGCGAAACCCAAUUGGCUAUUGCGUUAGAGUCCAUUUCACAGCGAUUGGCUCAAGUUCCCUCUGAAGCACGUUUGAGCGCUCUUCGUGCAGAGCUACUGCUACUGAAUAGAGAUUUGCCCGCUGAGGUUGAUAUACCCACGCUGCUGCCUCCGAACAAGAAAGGAAAACUGCACAAGCUGGUAAAAAUUACUGCAAAUGAAGCUCAAGUGCUAAACUCAGCCGAAAAAGUGCCAUUUUUACUUUUGAUCGAGUACUUGAGAGAUGAAAUGGACUUCGAUCCAACUACAGAGGAAAACGAAAACGUUUUGAGAAGAAACCCAGGAGAAGAAAGCUUCAUAUUUGAUCUAGCAUCAAUCACCAAAGAUGCGAAUAGCCAUGCAGAAGAAAUUACUGCUGUAAACGAAGCUCGCAAUUCACGUUCUUCUCUAAGAGUAUCGUCAACAAACGAAGCAACGCAGGUUACUUCCGAAAAGGAGGUUGACCUGGGAGAUGUCUCAGUGGUGAAUCUAACAAACCACAACGAAGCCGAAACAUAUCGAAGGGAACUCAUGGUGCAAUCUGCUGCCAAAGUUCCCGUUAUUCCUAACGACUCCACAAAUAGGAACCCAGAAUUGCAGUUUUUGAAUAAUCUGGAGGAGAUUCGAUCGGAAUUGGAAGGUGUGGAGUUUGGAGGCCCAAGCGCGUCAUCAGCAGAAGAUCUCGCGACGCAGAUGCGCAUAUCAGCGGUAAUGCUAGCGCAGCUGGAUAAAUCGCCCCAGCAAUUGCACGGCUCCACCAAUCAAAUCCGAGCCAAGAUUAUCGCAUCGAUGCAGGAAGUUCAAGACAGAUUUGGGUUUCAAGAUCUAGAAGCGAUUCACGGCAUGGCAGGCCAGAGAAAAUUGGAAAAUGAUUUGAAAACUGGCGGUCUCCAGGGCACCAAAAAGGAUAUGUCUUAUCUUGGAGAAAACUGGAACGCAAAGAAGGAGAGAAUUAGAGCGACUUCUGAAUUCGGAGAAGCAGAAAACUGGGACUUGUGCUCAGUAAUUGCAAAGUCCGGGGACGACUUGCGACAGGAAGCCUUUGCAUGCCAAAUGAUUCAAGCUAUGGCUAAUAUAUGGGCUAAGGAAAAUGUCGGUGUUUGGGUAAAAAAGAUGAAAAUAUUAAUUACAAGUGCAAACACAGGGCUUGUCGAAACAAUUACUAAUGCCAUGUCUGUCCAUAGUAUAAAGAAGUCGCUCACCCAACAGAUGGUCGAAAACGGGGAACUCAACGAGAAAGGCCAGAUUGCAUCUCUAAAAGACCAUUUUGCUCGCGCCUACGGAGACCCAACGGAAUUCAAAUAUAGUAGAGCAAGGGACAACUUUGCAUUCAGUCUAGCUGCAUACUCCAUCAUCUGUUAUGUGUUGCAAGUCAAAGACCGGCACAAUGGUAACAUCAUGGUCGACAACGAGGGUCAUGUGGUUCACAUCGAUUUCGGCUUUAUGCUCUCCAACUCUCCAGGGUCGGUCGGUUUUGAGGCGGCACCCUUCAAGCUCACAUACGAGUAUGUGGACCUACUAGGGGGGUUGGAAGCCGAGCCCUACAAGAAGUUCGUACGGCUAACGAAAGACGGCUUCAAGGCCCUAAGAAAGUACGCGGAUCAGCUUGUCUCCAUGUGUGAAAUAAUGCAGAAGGAUAACAUGCAGCCUUGCUUUAACGCUGGCGAGCAGACCAGCGCACAGCUUAGACAAAGGUUUCAUCUUGAACUUACUGAACAAGAGUGCGACGAUUUUGUUGAAAAUGUGCUGGUUGGGAAAUCUCUGGGAAGCAUCUAUACGAGACUUUACGACCAGUUCCAAUUGAUAUCACAGGGCAUAUACUCAUGA